AUGUCUGCAGAGAAAUCGACAGGUGAGGAGACUGUGGGAUUUCCACAACUUCAGGACGGCGGAGGAUUUGAACUUCUUCAAUGCCAAUCUAAUUUCCGACAGCUGACAAUGAUCAAGUGUCAGUGCUCAACUGACUCCGAUACAGGAGAUGCAGAUCUCCAUGACAAUGGAAAUACUGUGUUAUUGCAAAGGCAAGAUCAAAACCCAAGUGGUAACAGCACCAACGUUGUCAACAACGAUGAGCUGCAGAUCAACGAGACAGCUGGUGAACCACUUGUAACAUCUGUUCCUGAAACUAAUAACAAUCCACCUCAGGUAGAUUUAACAGAGACGGAUGAUGUGACAGUUGUUGACCAGGUUGACCUUGAGCCUGGAGCAGCAACUGAGAUUUCUGAUCAAUUGCCGGAAGCUGAAGAUAUCAACAGCAUUGUGAAUGGUAUUGUACGUCAUUGUGAAGAAAAUCAAAUUUCCAGUACUAAAGAGGUUGUGCGUUUGAUACAAUCUAAAGUCGUACAAGGGAGAAGUCUGGAAAUUGAAAAUGAGGAUGUGUGUCCAGAAGGAGAAACCAAUUACAUCUCAGUUGAUCGUCUUAGCAUUUUGGAGACUGGAAUGGAAGAAAUUGCUGGAUUAGAAAACCUGUUUUUCACUUUAGAGGUUCAAUUUUAUGGGGAGGUAGCACGGGAUUACGGAGGUCCACGGAAAGAAUUCUUCCGUCUAAUGUUAUUAGAGAUCAAGGAAAAGCGUCAUCUUUUAGCAGAUGAAUAUAUCUGUGUUGGGACAAUAAUGGGUCUCAGUAUACUACAAAAUGGCAAACUGCCUCAGUUUUUAACAGAUGACUUAUUAACUGAAAUGUUUGAGUCAGAUGUGAAGGCUAAUGCCGUACAACAUUUGAUUAAGGGACUGGAAAAACUUGGCAUAUUCCAGCUAUGUCAGCAAAUUCCAUCAUUACGAGAGAUUUUUGAGCCAAAUCCAUUGGCCAUUCUUACGUUACGAAAGAUCCAUACGUUACUAGUGCCACAAUUUAGUCCAACUGGAUCAAAUAAGAGAAGAUAUGAAGCUUCUGUUUAUUCACUCUUGUGCAAAUAUAUGCGAGAGGUUGCUGCCGGGAGAAGAGGUGACGUAACGUUAGGUUGGAUUCUCCAGUUUGCAACAUCAUGUGAUGAAGAGCCCUUGCUAGGAUUCAAAAUAGCUCCAUCAAUUCGCUUUGCAGAAGUGAUGAUCGUUCUUGCCCACAGCCAACACUUGCAUCAAUUGUAUGACAUUACCAUAUGCUUCCCACACAUCUAAGCUGUUUUAUUGCUGAAGCUGCUGAAGAUGUUUUAUUUGGCCUUUAUGAUGAGGCAUUUUUUAGCAAGCACUUUGGCAAUGUUUAGACUUUGGAAAAACAUUUUUUGGUGAUAAAAUUGUGUUGCAUUAAGUAACACUGUGUUUAGAACAAUAAGAACAUAAUGUAACCCAGUUAAAGCUUAUACUUUACAUUAAGUUGAUAGAUCUAUGUUCUAAAUAGAUGUGAACAUGAUUGCAUUAAGACAGACCAUUAGAAAAGUGAUGAGGGGUAGGGCAAAAGCAAAAGAUGACCCACAGGAAAUACAAGAAAA